CUCGCCACUCUUCCCCUGCCACAUCUCACACUCCGCUCAAUGGCCCACGUAUCUGGAGCUCACCAUGCAAUCCUUGUCUCGUCGUCGUCCCGAAAACUCCACCGCAGGUAGCACCCCAUAUAUUCGCCGCAACGGUGCUUUGCAACCCGAGCCUCCGUCCGCACCAGUGAAUUUGCGCAACGUUCAAGGUGGCGGGACUGCGACACGGCUACCGAGAAAUACGUGGAUAGACGGUUUACCAAGUAUCGACAAUACACUCAUGAACGUCGCUCCCUUGUAUUAUGCAGACCCAUGGACGAGGCGACGAGCAAGUCGCUUCCCCGUCUGAGCUACUCUCCCCAAUCCUGGGGGAGAUAAAACUAAGUCAGCUUGAUGGAGC